GGGCUUCUCUGCAGACGUCACUGCGAGGUUGGUUUAGCCCUUUUGUACAGUUAGCAUGUGCUUUAGGUUGCCUCUCACAGUAGCGGCACAAUGAAUUGUGAUCAUUGACAACACAUGGAUCUCACAUAGCACGUCACAGCUUUGACCUCUGACCUCACUGUGAUUGAAAACUCCUGCCAUCAGUAACCUCCUCAUGUGCAUCAUCUUCUUGAAGUUUGACCCUCGGCCUGCAUCCAAAAAUGCCUACAGGCUUAUUCUGGCUGCUAACAGAGACGAGUUAUACAGCAGACCAUCCAAAGCUGCAGAAUUCUGGGGCAGCAACAAUGAGAUCCUCAGCGGUCUGGACCUGGAAGAGGGGAAGGAAGGCGGAUCAUGGCUGGGAAUUAGCAGACGAGGGAAACUGGCAGCACUGACCAAUUACCUGGAUGCACGGCAAAAUCCUGAUGCUCAGGGGAGAGGUUCUCUGGUGUCCAAAUAUUUGAUGGAUAACUUGGACAGUUUUGCAUACCUCCGAAAAGUGUCUUCAGAAGCUCAUUCAUAUAAUGGCUUCAAUCUCCUUACUGCUGACUUCAGGACCAAUGAAGACACAUUGUGUUACUAUGGAAACAAGGGCAGUUCAGAGCCCAUUCAUCUCAAAGCAGGAAUCUAUGGGUUGAGUAACUCUCUUCUGGAAACUCCGUGGAGAAAACUGCAGCACGGCAAACGGCUGUUCACCAGUGUAGUGAACAAAACACUGUCCCCUGAUGGCUUAGUGCAAGAACUGCUCCAUAUCCUCAAUAAUGAGGAGCUAAACACCCCGGACCCUGCACAGGAACGUCAAGGUGAGGGCUUCAGUAAGGCCAUACUCCGAGCCCUGUCUGCAGUGUGUGUGCGUUCACCAGGAUACGGCACAAGGACCAAUACAGUCAUCCUCAUCGACCGAGAGGGAAACGUGAGCUUUACAGAGCGCAACAUGCUAAACUGUGACCUCACCCAGUGGAGCACAAAUAGCUUCCACUUCAAACUGCAAGAAUGAGGGCCAGGUGACAGGCCAGGGGAAGAAGUCUCUCACGCUGUGCCUUUAUCCAGCCACUAUCUGCUCAAGCCAUGCAUCACUGUUUCUACCAAUAUGAACAUCAAGAUUUAAUUCAGACUUGCAGUUGAAAUAGGAAAGUGGUUAAUUAUUGCUACUGCUCUGUUCUGUUCUGUUCUGAGAAGAAGCUUGGUAGCACGUUCCUUUUUUUCCUAAGUAAUUGUUUUUUCUAAUAACCAGUGGCUCAUGAGAAAGGCGCACAAGGAAUCUGCAGCCACAAACAUCAGAUUUCCAUAUAGUUUCAGUUCAAAAAGGUGCGCAGAUUCUGUCUGAAUCUACAUUUUGAGUGCAUGUCAUUCAAUAUGCAAUCUGCAUAUAUUAAUGAAUAUAGAAGAGGAUAAGUAUGACGAAUUUGAGAUUUUAUUCAUCAUCCACUGAAUCCCAUUUUACAACAAACUGUCAUUGGCAUGAAAUGCUAUUGGACAGAAUCCUUGAAGGAACAAGAUGUCUACUGCCAAAGAAUGAUCGUGUCAGUCACAAUCAUUAUAAACAAGAAAAUGAAUCAUCUUCAUAGUCUUGCACAAUGUAAACUUUACUUGCUAUUCAGUGUGGUAGUGAUCCACUGUAAUAACUUUCACUCAGGAACACGCUGAGAGAUACAGCCAAAAAAAACAAAAAACCUUGACGAUGUUUCUUCUUUUUCUUCAUCUUAAAUUGAAAGGAUGUUUUUUUUUGCUUUGUUCGUUUUUUUUGAUUGUUGUUUUUCAGAUUAAACGAAACCGUUUCAAUUUCA